GCCAGCCACAGAAUAGUGAGUGAGAGAGAUAGAGUGCUCAUUCAUGGUGCGGCAAGAGGAUCAGUAGCAUUAGGAACUAGGAACACCACACGUUGCAUUGCAUUGCAUUGCAUUGCAUUGCAUUGUUAACUUGUUAGUUAGAUCGUCUUCGUCAUCCCCUGAUUCCUGGUUUCUUGGAAAGGUUUUUUCUUCUUCUUCCUCACUUCUUUUCGUCGUUUGGGCAAUGGAGGUGGUGCUGGGUUCCGCCGCUCGCCGCUGCCUGGCUUCCACUGCCGUCGCCGCCGCGCGGGCUCUGCUGCAGAGGGUGAGCCGCCCCGGCAUCGCCGCCCGGUUUUUCUAGAUGUUUUAGGCAGCUUCUCCUUCUUCCUAUACUACAUUCUUUGAUUCUUUUGUACUACUGAUCCCCAUUGUUUCCUGCAUAUACAGCAUAACAUACACAUACCCAUCUCUGGUAGUCAUAGACAUUGAUUUGUUCUUCUUUCUUUUUAUACACAAAGAAAGUAACUGACCAAAUUCUUUCAUCCGGGAAACAAGAUCAUCUGGUUUUCGAACGGGCUCUAAUCUUUCUUUUGUACAUCGAUCCGUUCGUUCGUUCAUUCGUACACAGCAGCAGCUCACCUCACACGAUACAGGGAAAGAAAGAUCCUCUGGCCGUAUCCAGAUAGCACGGAGAGAGGCAGUGAGGAGAGGGGAAGUGGGAGUGAGGAGUGAAUCGGCAGAGAGGAGGAAGACGAACAAGACGACGAAGACGAAGCCACAGAGGAGGUCAGGAGGGCAGAGCAGAGGAGAGUAGGUCUCUUCUUGCCACACCGCUUCCGGCCGCGUCUCCGGGAUGUUGGCUGGUUGCUCCUUCUCGUCGUCGAGGCAUCAGAUGAGCACCGCGCAGCGAUUCGACAUCCUCCCCUACGGCUUCUCCAAGCGGGCGAGCAACCGCGGCGAUGGCUCCGGCGCCGCGCCGCGCGUCGCGGCGCCCGACGCCAGGAGCGGUGGCGGCGGCGGCACCUGCUCCUUCCGCGCCCACCCGGCGCCGCCAGUCACGCAGGCCGUUUCCUGGGGCGCCAAGCCGGAGCCCGGCGGCAAUGGCGCUGCGUGGGAGAGGAGCAGGGCCGUUAAGCGGGCCCAUGAGGAAGACGCAGGCGAGGAGUACGGCGGCCCCGUCGUUCGCGCCAAGCGGACGAGGAUGGGCGGGGACGGGGAUAAGGUAUGGUUCCAUCGAUCCAUUGCAGGGACAGUGCAAGCGGCCGGGUCCGGCGACGGACACGAAGCCGAGGAAGAGAAGGCCUUCCUGGUGCCGAGCGCCGCGGCGUUCCCCCACGGCAUGUCCGCCGCCGCCGCGGGCCCGUCGCUGGCCGUGGCCAAGAAAGAGGAGUUCAGCAAGUCGCCGUCCAACUCGCCGGCCUCGUCGGGCGGCACGGACGGCGGCUCGUCGGCUGUCCCGUGGCCGGAGCAGCUCCACGCGCAGAACGGCGCCGCGGCGCGGGUGGAGGCCAUGGAGCUCGUCGUCGCGCUCACCGCCUGCGCCGACUCCGUCGCCGCCUGCAACCACGACGCCGCCAACUACUACCUGGCGCGGCUGGGCGAGAUGGCCUCCCCCGCGGGGCCCACGCCGAUGCACCGCGUGGCCGCCUACUUCGCGGAGGCGCUCACGCUGCGCGUGGUGCGCAUGUGGCCCCAGGUGUUCGACGUUAGCCCGCCGCGCGAGCUCACCGACGGCGCCGUCGCCGCCGACGACGACGCGACGGCGCUGCGGGUGCUCAACGCCGUCACCCCGAUCCCGCGCUUCCUGCACUUCACCCUCAACGAGCGGGUGCUCCGCGCGUUCGACGGCCACGACCGCGUCCACGUCAUUGACUUCGACAUCAAGCAGGGGCUGCAGUGGCCGGGCCUCCUCCAGAGCCUCGCCACGCGCGUGGCUCCCCCGGCGCACGUGCGGAUCACCGGCGUCGGCGAGUCAAGACAGGAGCUGCAGGAGACCGGCGCGCGGCUGGGGCGCGUGGCCGCCGCGCUCGGGCUCGCGUUCGAGUUCCACGCCGUGGUGGACCGCCUCGAGGACGUCCGCCUGUGGAUGCUCCACGUGAAGCGCGGCGAGUGCGUCGCCGUGAACUGCGUCCUCGCGGCGCACCGCCUGCUCCGCGACGAGACCGGCGCCGCGGUGGCCGACUUCCUCGGGCUCACGCGCAGCACGGGCGCCGCCAUCCUCCUCCUGGGCGAGCACGAGGACGCCCUCAACUCCGGGCGGUGGGAGGCGCGGUUCGCGCGCGCGCUGCGGUACUACGCCGCGGCGUUCGACGCCGUGGAGGCGGCUGGGCUGGCGGACGCCAGCCCCGCGAGGGCCAAGGCGGAGGAGAUGUUCGCGCGGGAGAUCCGCAACGCGGUGGCGUUCGAGGCCGCGGACCGCUUCGAGCGGCACGAGACCUUCACCGGGUGGCGGCAGCGCAUGCAGGAAGGCGGGUUCCAGAACGCCGGCAUCGGCGACCGGGAGGCGUUGCAGGGGCGCAUGAUCGCGAGGAUGUUCGCGCCGGGCAACUACAGCGUGCAGGUGCAGGGCGACGGCGAGGGGCUCACGCUCCGGUGGAUGGACCAGGCCAUGUACACCGUGUCCGCGUGGACGCCGGUCAGCGACGGGGGCAGCACGGUGUCUGCGUCUGUCUCCACCACAGCAUCCCAUUCUCAGCAUAGCUGAAUGGGGGGAAG